AUGCACUUCCAUACCACCUUGCUCAGCGGCCUAGCUAUUCUUCCAGUGGCUCUAGGUUCCUGGCCUUUCUUUCACACCACAGAAGAGAUAUCGGAACCUCCCUACCGCAAUGAGCAACCUAAUGUGAAAUUCGAGAACAUCUUUCAAUUUCCUAACAAUGGCUCAUGGAUCGACAACAUUGUUGUUCGAUCAGACGGACACCUUCUUUUCACGCGCCUAGAUACCCCCGAGGUUUGGCUUUUCAACACCACGAGCGGAAACGCUACCCUCGCCUACACGUUCCCCAACGUCACAAGCUGCUUCGGAAUCAGUGAAAUCGACGACGAUAUCUUCGCAGUUGUUGUCGGUAAUUUCUCUUCCAAAACCUUCCAGCCAGGCCCAGGCUCGUUCUCGGUCCAUAAAUUGGACUUCACCAAUACCGAGGCCGAGGAGAACGAGCGCGCGCUGGAAUCGCCGAAGGCCUCGGAGAUCGUCGCAAUGCCCGAUGCGGAGGCUCCAAAUGGCAUUGCCACAUUCUCGCGGGAGUCAAAUUUGGUUCUUAUUGCCGAUAGCCCCAAGGGAGUAAUAUGGAAGGUCGAUACCAAAACAGGAGAUUAUUCUGUCGCACUGAAUGAUACUACAAUGGCGCCGGCGGAGGGCCAGGCUCUUCCUCUGGGUGUCAAUGCCCUGACAGUCUUUGGUGACUAUGUGUACUAUACCGGCACGACACAGAUGGUGUAUUGCAAGGUCAAGGUGGACAAGGACGUUAAACCAAUCGGUGAUUUUGAAAUCAUUGCUAGUGGAUUCCUACCAGACAACAUCGAGAUCGCCCGGGAUGGCACUGCGUAUAUUCCCACAGCUCCCCAGAACUCUGUUGUGCGUCUCACACCUUCGGGGCAGAUCUCCCUCGUUGCAGGUGGCCAAGUAUCAACCCAACUGGCAGGUGCAAGCUCGGCUCGAUUGAGCAAAGACCAACAGAUACUCUAUGUCGGCACCAAUGGUGGUCAGAUUGCGCCUGUUUUGGGCUCCUUCAUCGAGCCCGCAAAGAUUGUCAGAAUCUCGUUUGAGGAAUAG